AUGACCAGUAGACAUACUCGGAGCAACGCACAAGGACCACUACAUCAGCUGACUAACGAAGAACUCGCAAGAUUAGAAAGACAGAACCGUCAACAGCCAAGAACAACCGACACCAACAUGGGUGAUCAUGGCAAUAUGGAUGACCUCACUGCUGCAUUGGCACUCAUUCAACAACAAAUGCAGAAUCAGCAACAGCAGAUGCAGCAGAUGCAGCAAACCAUCCAGAAUCAGCAACAAGCUGCACAAGAGCAAGCAGCCGAGAACGCUGCGCGAGAGGAGCGUGGUGCUCUUAUUGGGGAGCGAAACCUUCCGAGGAAUUUUGCUACUAACCGCUCCCCCAUCAACCCUCCACCCUGUACUCGACAGGAUUAUGAGAUCAAACCUGCACUGAUUGGUCUGGUACAGAAGAGCACAUUCAGUGGCCUCACUUCAGACAUACCAAUGGAUCACAUAGAGGCCUUUGAGAGGAUCUGCAAUUUCUCUCGCUCAAAUGGAGUGCCACCGGAUUACGUCAAGUGCACGCUGUUCCCAUUUUCUCUUGAAGGGAAAGCUGCACGUUGGCUGCAAUCUCUCCCAACCGGUUCUCUAACCUCAUGGGAUCAGGUUCGAUCAGCAUUCCUGAGCCACUUCUACACAAAGUCCAAAACCGCGGCUCUAAGGCAUAGAAUCUCCAACUUCAAGCAGAAAUCUGAUGAACCCUUUUAUGAAGCUUGGGAGAGGUAUAAAGAGUACCAGAGGGAAUGUCCACACCACGGGUUUGAUGACGAUUACAUAUUGGAGGUGUUCUACGAUGGAGUGAGCUAUGAGUACCGGAACACCCUCGAUUCCUCUAGUAACGGAGACUUCAUGACUCAGACCACCCCUGGUGCAUUCGCGUUGAUUGAGAACAUGGCUUCCAGUUCACUCAACAAGAACAAGGAGCAUGAUCGCUCCAAAAGUGUGAACAGCAUAGACGAUCUAGCGGCGAAGGUGGACCAACUGCUGAAGGGAAACCAGAGCCAGGUCUUCAUAAUGGAAGAAGCAACUCCUGAGAAGAGUGCGGGGGACAAGGCGUUUGAAGCUGAGCAGGCAGGAGACGAUCAGCAGGAAGUGAGUUACGUAAAUGGACAAGGGUGGCAGCUGAAGAAUUAUCACCCAAACCCUAACGUAAGGAACAAUCCACAACUUUUCUGGCCUAAGAAGGACAAACAAGUUGAUCCGGCGCAGAACAACCAGGGCCAGUAUUCGGGAUAUCAGAAGAACUAUCAACCCCGAACAUAUGUUCUAAGCCAACCGCAGAGCAAUCAGCCUCAAAUACAGAACCACCAGAACACUCAAGUUACCUCCACCCCUGUCGCUGUUCCGCAAGAUGAAACUAAAACCAUGCUGCAGCAACUCCUCCAAGGACAACAGCUCCAAGGGAAAGCGCUGAACCAGGUCACUACCGAGAUCAAUACUAGGAUGAACCAUAUGUUCAGAGACCUGAGCACCAAAUAUGAUAAUGUCGCAAGCCAUAUGAGACAGAUGGACAUUCAGAUAGCUCAGACUGCCGAGAGUGUCAAGAGACAGCAAGGUACUCUACCUGGUAAAACAGACAAAAACCCCAAGGAGUGCAAUGCGGUUCAGCUAAGAAGCGGGAAGCAACUCUCCGAGCCAGAAAGAAGAAGGUUCACCGCGGCUGAGAAAGGCAAGCAGAAUGAGUCAGAGCAACCACCAGCCGACCAAGCAGAUGAGGGGAAUACAGAGCCGGUAGUUGAAACAGCCUCGCCACGCUCAGAACAACCGGCUGAAGCAGUGCGCCCGAUUCCAGAGGCUGUUCCUCCUCGCGAAUACAUUCCAAAAGUCCCUUACCCUGUUCCAGCGAAGGUCACUCGUAAGGACAAGGAGGAAAUAAAAUGCAGGAAGAUGCUGGAAGAUCUAACCGUCCGACUUCCCCUGAUGGAUGCGAUUCAGAUGAUGCCCUCCAUGCGUAGCUUUAUGAAGGGGUUGAUCUCAGGGAAAAUAUCAGACGAGAGCGAGUUCAUGACAGUUUCCAAGGAGUGCAGCGCAGUGCUUCAGAACAGGCAAAUAAAAAAACGAGGAGAUCCCGGCAAAUUUGUCCUCUCUAUCCAGAUUGGGAAGACAGUUUUUGCCUGCUCCUUGGUGGAUCUUGGGUCUAGCGUGAAUCUCAUGCCCUACUCUGUCGCUUUACGACUCGGAUACACGCACUUCAAACCAACUAAGAUGUCCUUGGUUUUCGCAGACAGAUCAGUCAAAUCUCCUGUUGGUAUUCUAGAGGAUCUCCAAGUGAAAGUAGGGAACACCACUGUUCCAGCAGACUUCGUUGUUCUGGAAUUCGAAGAAGAGUCUAAAGACCCCCUCAUCUUGGGAAGACCAUUCUUAUGUACUGUCGGAGCUAUCAUUGAUGUGCGACAGGGAAAGAUUGAUCUGAAUCUUGGGACAUAG